AAUAUGGUGUGAUCUGCAGUUGACUGUGUUUAUCUGUUCUAGAUCUAGACACUUCUUUAUCGAAACUCCUUUAAAAACAAAUAUAGAUCUAUCUAGAAUAGACUCUAGAUCUAGAUUAGGAAUAGAUCUAGUCUUUCAUAACUUUCAAGAACUCUGGUCAUUUUUGUUUUGUUUUAGACCAUUUUAGAGAAACCAAGAUCCAAACAGUUGAAACAGUCAACACUCACACUGACUGUAGUGACUGAGUCUGAGUCUGAGCAGUUUGAUUACUGAAGCCCUAAUUGGAUGGCGUCAGCACAGAAAGAAAAAGCUGAAACUGUGAAACAUGGGCAAGAUCUUGUGAAACUUCACAGCUCUACAGCUCAUGACUGGCAGACUGAAAAACGUAUUCAUAAAGAUUUUUAUGAUGAUGGGACAUUAACAUUUUUUUGGCGAGCACACACAAUCACUGCGCUGGUGGUUUUCAGUGCUAUCUUGGUUUAUGUAGCUCUCUUUGAAGAACCUUCACUGGACAGAGAUUACAAUGCCAAGAGAGGAUUGUUUGCCCUUAUCCUGGCCUUUCUUUUAUUUGGUAUUAUUAAUACCCCUGAUGGGCCAUUUAUCAGACCGCAUCCAGUAUUUUGGAGACUGAUCCUAUGUAUUAGUAUUGUAUAUGAGCUGUGUCUAGUGUUUUUACUAUUCCAGGAUGUCCAUUCUGCAAGGCUUAUCAUGAAGCAUUUUGACUCCUCUCUGGGGCAACCGCUGCCAGAGAAAGACUAUGGUGGGAAUUGCCUUAUAUAUGAUGCCAACCAUACAGACCCUUUACAUAAUUUUUGGGACAAAAUGGAUGGCUUUGUUCCCACACAUUUUAUUGGAUGGUGGUUAAAGACCUUAGUUUUGAGAGACUGGUGGCUGUGCACUGUGUUGAGUAUCAUGUUUGAAGUGCUAGAGUACACAUUAGAACACCAGCUGCCCAACUUCAGUGAGUGCUGGUGGGACCAUUGGAUCAUGGAUGCCCUUGUGUGUAAUGGACUGGGCAUCUACCUCGGCAUGAAAACACUCAGGUAUUUAAGCAUGAAGCCCUACCACUGGAGGGGCAUGUGGAACAUUCCCACAUACAGAGGGAUGUUGAAGAGACUUGCUCAACAGUUUACACCUCACAGCUGGAUAGACUAUGACUGGAAACCAACCUCAAGCUUGAAGAGAUGGCUUUCAAUGCUGGGUGUUAUUAGCAUGUUUUUACUAGCUGAGCUAAACACAUUUUACUUAAAGUUUGUUCUUUGGAUCCCACCUGAACACUACUUGUGUUUAAGCAGGCUUGUCGUCUUCCUUUUCAUGGGAGCAGCAGCCAUGCGAGAAACUUUCCAGUUUCUGGAUGAUCCCAACUGUAAGAAGUUUGGUCGACAGUCUUGGGUAAUCGUGAGCAUUAUAAUCACAGAGCUUCUGAUUGUCUUGAAGUUUGACUGGAACACAGUGACAAAGCCGCUCCCCAAGCCAGUGGCUAUUUUUUGGUUAAUAGGAGCAUUGGGACUUUUCAUAUGGACAAUUGUCAAGUUCUAUAUUUUUAAGGAUGUGAAACAUGACAUACCAAAUAUUUCUAAUCCGAGUGAACAGUCAAAGAAUAGUGAGAACAACAACCUAAUGAACAAUUUGACUUUGGACAGACCUCUGCUCAGGCAACGCCAGAUGAGGACGAAAGACUGAAACUGUGAUGUGCCUAAUUGGAUGGGCAAGAACUGAAAGCCUGAUUCCAUAUAAAGCUAAUGAAAAAAUCUAUUUUUAGAUCAAGAUAUCCUUACUUGUAAUAUAUUGUUUUGGUAAUUGAAAUAUUUUAUAAUAUAUUUAUGCUCGGAAUGGAAACUUGCAAUUUCAAGCUGUCAAAAGUUUUUUUUUCUCUUUAAUUUUAAGAUUGAUGUGUAAGGGGGAAAGGGGGGUGGGGAAGAUGUAAGAGAAGAGCCUAUUUAUGACAUGCCUUGAGUGUGAACCAAUUUUGUAACAAAAAAAAUUCUUAUACAAAAAAAUUAAGAAUCCAAUUUGUGAGACAUACUUCUAUACUGCCCAAUGCUAAAAGUUGUCAUGAAUCUUUGUAUUAUUCUGUGUUCAUGUGAUUUACAUAUUAUUAUCUGUAAAGUAAGUUGUUAGUUGUUGUUUUUGUUUCACCAGCAUGUGAAGACAUGAAGGAAAUUGUUUGUAAUUCAUUCUUUAAAAACAAAUGUGCUGCAAUCCUUUUUAUUGCCAAUUGCUUACAUAAUGUUAUCUUUACUUAUUACAGAGAGCUUCAAUCAAUAGUAUUGUUUGUAAGGACAAUCAUUCAUUGGGAGGUGAUAUACAGCUGUUGUUGUCCAGUUAUGGUUAGAACCUUUUUGGUUCCAGAAUCUAGCCAUUUUAUGCGGUGAUACUUAACAUUUCAAUUCAGUGCUAGUAAAAUUGUGUUGGCAGAGAAGGUUAGCCCACUCAGCUAACGGCAUGGGGUGUGAAACAAGUUAUUGAAUUUUUUUUUUUUGUGGAGUUCAAAAAUGAGGGAAUAUCCAAACAGGUCAUCAUUUUUUUCUCUUUAUCUUUUUAACUUUCAAUUUUUUUAUUUCCUUAAAUUUGAUUGUAAAGUAAUGUUUUCUUUUCUGUUUUUGGAGAAUUUGUUUUUCUUGCUAUUUUAUUUUGACUCUUCAUUGAUUUUUAAAAAUUAUUCUUGUUGUCCAGUUAUGGUUAGAACCUUUUUGGUUCCAGAAUCUAGCCAUUUUAUGCGGUGAUACUUAACAUUUCAAUUCAGUGCUAGUAAAAUUGUGUUGGCAGAGAAGAUUAGCCCACUCAGCUAACGGCAUGGGGUGUGAAACAAGUUAUUGAAUAACUAUUCUUUGUGGAGUUCAAAAAUGAGGGAAUAUCUAAACAGGUCAUCAUUUUUUUCUCUUUAACUUUUUAACUUUCAAUUUUUUUAUUUCCUUAAAUUUGAUUGUAAAAGUAAUGUUUUCUUUUCUGUUUUUGGAGAAUUUGUUUUUCUUGCUAUUUUAUUUUGACUAUUCAUUGAUUUUUAAAAAUUAUUCUUGAUACAACAAUCAAAAUGCGUGGUUGAAUAAGACUGGAGCUCACUUGAUCGAGCUUAUAUUUGAUGUUCUCUUGAACAAUCAGAAUGAUUGAGGAAGGAUAAGGGUGACAAAAUUGAGGUCAAAUUAGAUCUACUUUGCUUUGUACAAGGAUGGUUUCAAUCUGUUUCAUCAGAAGUUAUGCUUGCUGUUCAGUUUUGCUGCAUUUUGAUCAAGCUAGUUUUUCAAUGAUAUUAAUACCAUUUACAAUUCAGUUACAUUUACCUUGUUGGUUUUUUUACCUCCCCCCCCCCCCCCCCCCCUCAUUUUUCUCUUCAUCAUAUUUCAUGUUUUAUUUUGUAGAAUUCUAUAAAGGUUUAGCAUUAAACAUCUCCCUGAGACAUUGCUAAGUGACCCCUGUUCAAGUUUUCAAAGACAAAUGAUGCUUUUUACUUGCUUUUGCCCACAGAGCAGAAGUGACCUCUAAGUUUUUCUUGGUGUGCUGCUUUUGUGAACAUUUUUUGAUAGGAAAAACUUUAUAUAUACCUAAAAUCUAUCCAGUGUAUAUUUCAAAGCUAUAAAGGUAGUACGUCUCUCUAAGUGACCUGGAUGUUUAUGAGAAAGAUGAUUGUUUAUUGUAGGUUGGUUAAUGGUUAACCUCUUGAAUUUAAAUUCACACAGCUGAGGUAGAGUUCUAGCUCUAGACCAUCAACUUCAGCAGCCAUGCUGACAUUCACAUUCAAAGAAAACAAAUUCCAUAGUAUCAUAUGCUUGACUAACUUACAGAAUGGCUUUCUUUUUUUUGGACAAAUGUUUACUUUUGUUUUGCCUCUAAGUACAAAGAAGCUAAAUUCUUCUCAGGACAUAUUUAUUAUUAUUAUAAAAUUUUGACAUAAUGUUUUUCAUUUGACACUUAAUUUGCAUAUUAUAAUCAGCUCUUAGCAAAUUUUUAUAUUUGAAAGAAUGGUGGCCUCAGCCGUGUUAGUUUGUAUUGGAAGGGAUAGUAGUGCACCUAUUUUCAUGGUCUAGGAGUGUCCCAGUAGGUUUGUGUGUCAAAAGUAUCUCCCUAUGCCCUAUUGUGACCCUUAUUUUACACAAAUCAGCAGGGUGUAGUUCUUUUUAAGUCCUAUAUGUCUGCCCAAAGAAGACCAACCCGCCAUCAAUAUGUGCCUUAGCCCAGACUCAUCUAUGCAACUGAUCAACAUCCAAUUGCUUUAAUAAAAAUGAUAGAUAAAUAAUUAGAAAACAGAAAACUGGGUCAUGGGCAUUCAAAGUGUAACUACAAACAUUGUGUGUGUGUGUCAUCUGUGUUAGAAUUGUGGUGGCACUGGUGGCACACAUUUUGGUCAUUAUGGAAUGUCUUGUUUUAAUGUUCAAUUCAUGUUGACAAAAUAUCUGAUGGUACACCAUCUGUUUUGAUUGUUACAUAUUGUUAUAAUUGUCUAUCUGGAAGCACAUUUUAUAGUGUUUAAAACAAAUGUUAUCUAUUUUAAUAUUCUUUAUAUAUAUGAAGGCAUAAUACUGUUUAAACCAAACAAGCACAUGACAGGAAAUGAACGCUAGUUUUGAACUCAGGUAUGGAAGGGCACAAAAAAAAAGUUUGAUAGAAACAACUUGCCAUCUUUCAUUACAAAUGCAUGCAUUAAACUUGAUUAUCUAGAUGGGGGCUCCUUUAUUUGUAUGGGAACACACAAAAAAAGGGUCAUUACAAAGUGUAUGAAUAUUUAAAGAUCCUUUGAUUUAAUCUUGAUAUACUGAUAGUGAAAAUGAACAAACUUGAAAAGUCAAACUUAGGCUCUAAUAUUUUGAAGUAUAGAUGCACAUACCAUUGAAUCAUUGACUAAUGACAAACAAAAACAACCUACAAGAUGCUAUCAGCUUUUGUGUUAAAUACAGAACAUUUUGUUUUUUUCAAGGCUACUAAAAUGCCUUAAUUGUUUUGCCAAAAUAGCCAUUUUUGAUAUAGUUAUAAUUUAAAGUCUAAUAAAGAAUUAGAGAUUCCCUCCAAGAUAUACUUUCUCUUUUUUUUUUUUUAUACAAGAACCUGAAAUUGUGAAGGACUAUGUGAACAACGGGUUGAAUUAAACAUUUGUUCAAGUCUUUCCUCACAUCUCUCCUGUCUUUAUUACUAGAAACCAUUCAUUUGAAGUCUCAGAGUUUGAUGUCCGCUAUUUAUUCAUGGCUAAAAAACAUUACAUUUUAAAUUGAAUGGUUCAAAUGUGAAAACAGUAUUACUAAACAUUACUUUAUCACAAGAUAUGUCUAAUUAUCACCUUGUGUUACUUUAAUAUGAUGUUUGAUAUUUAGGUUAACAUUGCAAUGAUUGCACUCAAAAGAGAAGAGAUAUAAACAAAAAUUGUAUUACAUUGUUAGUUUUGCUACCAUUGUUUAUUUUUUUGUAACAAAUUGUCAGAAGUGUCCUUGCCAGGGUUUUACCAACACAUAGAGAUAAAUAUAUUUAAUGUGUAUUUACUGUUGGGAUUGUUGCUGUAAUUAUAAUGAUCAUUGUUUGAUGUAUGUGUUAAGUGUUCUAUUCUAGUGAACAAAAUUAUUCUUGUAAGAACAAUUUGACAUUAUUUGGUGACAUAUUUUGUUGCUUGACCCAGCUGCAACCCUUUCCCUGCUUGCAAGCUACUCAGUGUUCAAGAUUUGUUUCUGAAUGUUUGAAAUUUCCCAUAAUUCACACACCAUUCCUAAAUUAUUUCUUUGGUUGAAGAGUUACUAUUUAUUGAUUGUUCAAGGUGAAUGGACUAAGCUAAAACAGUUCAAUGCUUAAAGGGAAAUAGUUGUUGUUUAAUUAAUGCUGUCGCAUUCAAAACAUUUGACUAUUGACAAUGCCAAAACUGAAGUGAAGUUUGCCCACUGUCUAGUUGAAUCUUUAGGCAAGCCUGAAUAUCCUGGAAUAGAUUCAAACUGUUAUACAAACACAUUUUUUCUUGUCAGCCUCUAUACCCAGUGAGCAAGGCAUUUAUAAAAGCUAACUUAGAGAAUGAGUGAAAUCAAAAAUAUUUUUGAAGGAAUUUUUAGACAAUUUAAAUUUGAAAUAUAAAUUAUAAACUUUGAUAAUAUUUGCCCAUUUUUGGGGGUUCAUGUUAAUGCAUUUGGUUAAAAAUGAAAAAAAAAAUUUGUAACAGUUUCAGUCCUAAUUUUGACAAGAGCCUUUUAAAAAAAAAUUCUAUGACAGCAGCUAGAAGGGUCUCAAAAAAUGAAUUAAAAACUAUUCAGUCUCAACUGUAUGAGAAUGUUGGAUACAUCUGUUACCACAUUUUACACUGAUUGUGUCCUAAUAUGUCAGUGAUUGGCAAACCAUAAAGAAGAUUUUUCUGUGACUCUUUAAAAAUUUUUCUCACAUGCUGUCACUUUAAAAAAUCUGUUGUGACAGUGUGUCUACUUUGCUGUUCUUUUCUGGUUGACUUCGACUGUAGCAUUAAACCAUUGGUGACUGGCUCAAUGUCUCAGUUGACAAACUGUUAUUGUACUGUAUCCUCACAAAUAAAAACAUAUUUUAUAUUUCAA